GGGGCGGAGCCGCAGAGGUAGGCGCUCCACUUGUGCGUCACUUCCGGUGAGCUCAGCGGCGACAACGGCAACAUGGCCCUGAACGGCGCUGAAGUCGACGAUUUCUCCUGGGAGCCCCCAACUGAGGCAGAGACGAAAGUGCUGCAGGCACGACGGGAGCGGCAGGAUCGAAUCUCCCGGCUCAUGGGCGACUACCUGCUGCGCGGUUACCGUAUGCUGGGCGAGACGUGCGCGGACUGCGGGACGAUCCUCCUCCAAGACAAACAGCGGAAAAUCUACUGCGUGGCUUGUCAGGAGCUCGACUCAGAUGUGGAUAAAGAUAAUCCGGCUUUGAAUGCCCAGGCUGCCCUCUCCCAAGCUCGGGAGCACCAGCUCGCCUCUACCACAGAGCUCCCCUCAGCCUCUCGGCCUGCCCCUCAGCCCCCAGUACCCCGGCCGGAGCACUGUGAGGGAGCUGCAGCAGGGCUCAAGGCAGCCCAGGGCCCACCCGCUCCUGCUGUGUCUCCAAAUGCAGGUGUGGUGGCCUGCACACAGGCAGCCCUCCUGCAGAAGCUGACCUGGGCCUCAGCAGAGCUGGGUUCUAGCACCUCUCUGGAGACUAGCAUCCAGCUGUGUGGCCUUAUCCGAGCAUGUGCGGAGGCCUUGCACAGCCUGCAGCAGCUGCAGCACUAAAAGAUGCCCCUGAGAAAAACCCUCUAGAAAAACA